AUGGUUGUGAAGCUGGAUACCUUAAACUUGGAAGGGGGCGACAUAAUCCCAAAGGGGAGGGAAGUUGGCCAUGGAAAUUGGAUUGGAGACCUAGGGCUAGGGCUAGGGCUAGUGGCAGUUGGGAAUGAUCGAUUUGAAUUUGGAAAUGGAGGUGUGGAGACAACGACAACCAUUGGUGUGAAUUGUCGUAAUUUUGCGUCCCUGUUUGACUGCUCGGGCAGCGAUCGUGACCUGGGCGUCGAAGGUGGGUGGGGGAGGGCGAUCGAUGACGAGGAUGGCGAAGGAGGCGGAGUCAUCUUCAUCGUGAUCGGAGAAUUCAUGCCGUCGAGGGGAAAGAUUGAAAUUGAAAAUCAUAAGGAUCGGUACGAUCCUAAUCUAAUCUACGUGAAAUCAGAUUAUGUUGCUUACCAUUAUCACGUAAACCCACAUGGUGUAAAGUUAAUAUCAGAAAGGCAUAACUAA